AGAAAAACAAAACAAACCCGAGCUCUGCGCGUGGACUCCAUUGAAGACCGCCUGCACGUCAACAAACAGGACCCUGCACGAGGUCCCGCUCCGGACUAGACCCCCCCUUCGCUCUUCUUCAGUGGACCGAAGCACAGCGAGACCCCCGUCCAGCAGAACAGCCCAGCGGACCCCCAGCAGCCACAUCCCGUUCCCAGGCCCGCAGGCUGCAGAGACUGCAGAUCUCUGUGGCUACCCCACCCCCCCCACCCCCCACCCCACCCCACCCCCAGCACCCAGGCCCCCUGUUGCCCACGUCCAUCCUCACACCGUUGGGACUGGAGACGAGGCCCAGAGGUUGCCCCCUCCCCCCCGGGAACAUAUCCGGCUGAGUCUGGCGAUGCCUCAGCCUAGCAUCAGUGGGAUGGAGCCACCCUUUGGGGACGCAUUCGAGAACUAUUCAUUUGCUGACCAAGCCCUGACCAGUACUGACCUGCUCAGCAGCAGCUCUGACCCCGACUUCAUGUAUGAACUGGACCGCGACAUGGACCCGCGCCAAAGCCCCCGCGGGGACAGAGGGGCCGGGCUGGCCGAAGGCUGCACAGAGCACAUGAGUGGCAUGGGAGGGGAGUGCGAGGCGGUCUGCAGCGGAUCGGCCUUCGAGCAAUGGGACUCGUACUGGGAAGACCUGACCAGAUACACACGGCUGGCUAGCUGUGACAUCUGGGGCACCAAAGAGGUGGACUUCCUGGGUCUGGACGACUUCUCCAGCCCCUACCAGGACGAGGAGGUGAUCGGCCGCACGCCCACCCUCGCCCAGCUCAACAGUGAGGACUCCCAGCCGGUGGGCGAGGUGCUCUACCCCUCCGGCGAGCUGCUGCCGCCUGGCCCCCCGCCCCAGUGUCUGUUGCCCCCGCCCUCUGGUCACAAGAGGCCUCCGGGCUUCAGCUCGGGCCCGGGGCCCCCCGCCACGCGGCCCUCGCCGGCUCCUCCGUUGUCGCUGUCUCGCGCUUUCGGGGGCCCGCUGCCCGAUUUCCCUGAGGGUUCCCAGAAGGCCACCUGGCCGGUGGCCUCCAGCACGGAGAGCAUGGCCAAGACCCAGAGGCCCCUGACGCUCACCCAGGACCACGUCCACACUCAGCUCAAGACCAAGGCCAGCCAUCAGGCCAUGAUGGUGGCCCCGCCGUCUCACGGUGCACUCUUCGUACGGAAGGCUAAAGUCCGCGUGAGCGCCGGCCACCAACCACAGACGGACGUCCUCCACCGGUACCCAGAGGUCAAGGGGUCGGACGUCCCCCUGCCCCUCUCCCAGCCUCCAGAGGAGAUGGCCUCCACGUCAGGCAGCAGCCCGGCGGCGGGCGCGGCGGCGGCGUGCGCUCCUCUCCGCGGAGGCAGGGAGGGGCCGGGGAGGAGGGAGCCGACCGCCGCCACGGUGGGGAGGUCUGCGGCCGCGGCCCCCCAGACCGAGGCCCCGGAGAGCCACGCCCAGGGGGGCCACGCCCAGGGGCCGGGGGCCGUGGGAGUCGGCCUUGUUGGCGCCGACAUCCCCAUGGACGAGGAGAGCAGCGAGAAGAGCAAGGAGGAGGAACACAACUACUCCCUGUUCCUGACCCAGGCCAGACUGGCUGGCAGGGCCCCCCCCACCCUGGAGGAGGAGGAGGAAGAGGAGGAGGAGGAGGAGGAGGAGGAAGAGGAGGAGGAGGAGGAGGGUGAAGAGCAGGAGGAAGAGGAAGACGGGGAGGCGGCGGAGGAAGAAGAAGAAGAAGAAGAAGAGGAGGAGGGAGAGGGGCUAGAGCUGGACGAUGAAGACCACGAUGAGGGGUUCGGCAGCGAGCAUGAGCUUUCCGAGAAUGACGAAGAGGAGGAGGAGGAGGAGGAAGAGGACGACGACUACGAAGCCGACAAGGAUGACGACAUGAGCGACGCCUUCUCUGAACCAGGCUAUGACAUGGAGCUGGUGGAGGACAUCAAAGGCCUGACGGCCGGCGUGUCCAGCCGCAAGCGAGGGAAACGCCGCUACUUCUGGGAGUACAGCGAGCAGCUCACCCCCUCCAAGCAGGAGCGCAUGCUGAAGCCGUCCGAGUGGGACCGCCACACGCUGCCCAGCAACCUGUACCAGAAAAACGGGCCCCUGCACGGAAAGUACAAGCUGAAGAAGUCUCGGCGUACCGACGUGGAAGACCUGACUCCCAACCCCCGCAAGCUUCUGACCAUCGGCACCGAGCUCCGCAAGCUGAACAAGGUGAUCAGCGACCUGACCCCGGUGAGCGAGCUGCCGCUCACCGCCCGGCCCCGCUCCCGCAAGGAGAAGAACAAGCUGGCCUCCAGAGCAUGCCGGCUGAAGAAGAAGGCCCAGUAUGAAGCUAAUAAGGUCAAGCUGUGGGGGCUGAGCACUGAGUACGACCGGCUGCUGUUCGUGAUCAACGCCAUCAAGGAGGAGAUUGUGACGCGCGUGAAGGACUGCUCCCCCCAGGCCACCAACAUGGCCGACACCCUGGACCGGCUGGUCCAGGAGACACUUGCCUAUAAUGCGCUUCUCCUGGUCCUUGCAGUGUCCUCCCCCGUGGCCGGGCAGACCUCGGACUUUGUGAACCAGAUCUUGGAGAACACGGGACAGGGGGACCCCACGGGGGGCCUGGUGGGCCUGCGGGUUCCCACCUCCAAGUGCUAGACGUCGGGGGUCCGGUCCACGGAUAGGAGUGGCCAGUUACCACCGUACUAUGUCACUGUAACUAUGUCCUCCUGCAUGCCCCUCCCCACUAGAACCCACAAACACACAUACACACACAGACACACACACACACCACACACAAGCGCGUCCCUUCCCUUGUGUGUGUGGAUGUGCCGUGCACGCCUACCCUCUGUCCUCGCUGUCCGCAGCUGGGUCCCAGGGACCAUGUCCUCAUCUCACCACCGAUCGACGAGCCUGCGGGGAUGAUGUGUGGAGCCAAGGACAUUGCUGAUCUGUGGUGGCUGGUGUUUAGCGUAACGCUGUGUCUGGGUCUGUGAGGGCUCAGCUCUUUGGGUCAUGGCUGGGUCUAGGAAGGUGGCCGCUGAGGUCACCAUAACCACGUUUCACCUUGGAGACGGCCGUGUGUUUAACCGCGUCAACACCCGACGGGCCCCGGUCUGUACAACCAGUGCAGCAAAGCUAGAGCAUGUGUAAUGUAGAUGACCUGCUUCGAUGUAUGAUUAUGAAGUUACCAACGGAGCCCUGCUAUUCUACGUUUAGAGAGCCCAUCAAGAAUCCGACACAUACCAUUUAAGAGCCGUCCUCUCAAUAGAAAGAAAUGGGAGCGACGGUGCAAAGGAGCCCGCUCUGAUGGCUAGGAGCUCUGGUUUGAAUCGCCAUUGAGGAGCAGACAGCCAGGGGGCGCUAGAGGUGAACGGUUAUCUCUUCUGGAACCCUCCACUUCCCCUUUUGUUGUAAGAAGUGACUAGACUCAGUGUCUGGUUCAUACUGGUGUUUGAUCCCAGUUCUAUUCAUUGUGCCUUGUGUGUUGGGUGUGUGUGUGUGUGUGUGUGUGUGUGUGUGUGUGUGUGUGUGUGUGUAUGCGUAUGUGUGCGUGUGCGUUUGCAUGAGAAGGAGAGGUAGGGAGGAUAAAAAAAAAAGUAUGAAAAAAAGAAAACGAGAGACAUGAUUGGUCCAAGCUCCCGAAGGAUCAGCCAAUCAGAACCACUUGAUGUUGAGUGGGCGGGUCUACGAGCAACAUAGGUCACCCGAGGACAUAGCGUUGGGGUUGUGUAGUUCAGCUGUAAAAAUAUGUUCUGAAUGUACAUGGAAAAGGAACCUACCAACGUGUGAUGCCACAGAGUCUGUGUAUAUAGGAGGGCUCUGCAAAAGGUGACUUUGGUUUUUGGUACUCUUGUCUUUGGGAACGGGAGAGAUUAGACGAUAUUUUAGUUACAAAAGAAAAAAAAGAUUUGCACACUAUAUAUUUUGAUUGUUUUUGUACCAAAGACACAUGCAACGAAAUGGCGACUAGCCAGUAAAAGUAAGGAUUUGCACAGCUUACCUGACGCCGUAUUGAAUGUAACACGUGUGGGGGGGGCAGGGAACUUCGUAGAACUGUGAAAUUAGCUUGGGUCCAAUUCUGUACAGAAAAGGAGCAUAAAUCUACUCUUUAACUUUCUUUUAUUGUUUUCUUAUUUACUAAUGAACUUCCUACCAUCCUAGUGGGCUUCACAAGUAGACCUGUUGCUAAGUAACGCUUCAUUCCUGAGUCCUCCUGCUACUAGCUUGUUUGUGGUGGGUUUGAGUAGGACAAGCGCUAGUGGAUAAGCUAUAUUGGAUUUCCGUCUUGUUUUUGCUUUGUUUUGUCAAAGUUUCACUGACAAUAACCAAAAUGUUAUGUAUUUGUGUUAACUAUAUUUCUGUAUGGAGAUUUUGUUUAUGAGCAGAAUAUUAACUGAAUUGUGUUGAAAUGUGUUUUUGAAACACUGUAUAUAGUCACGCCCUAUAUCUUUGGUGAUUUGCCACUUUCUUUUCCAUGACAAUUGAUUCGUUAUGAAGCAUGACACAUUUCUAAACUAUCUUUGCAUUGGAGACGAUAAACUGAAUAGAAAGAGUACAAAAAAACAAGCAAAAAAAGGUCCUUGCUAUAUUUUUGUAUUUUAGCUGCCCAUUGGCUCUUUGCUGUUGGUUCGGAAGUGUUUCAUAGGAUACGCCUCAGCGGGGGGGCUCUCAUGGGGGGGGGGGGGGAGUUCUAACCUUUGACCCCCUCUGGUUUC